AUGUCCUCUAUCAAACCAAGUGUGACCAAGCGUGCCUGUGAUGGCUGUAAGAUUAGAAAGAUCCGCUGUGGCGGCGGUCAACCUUGCAGGUCCUGCACCAAGGCCAAAAUCAAGUGUACUUAUGUCCGAGUUCAGCAAUGUCGAGGACCGAGGAGAUUGCGCUCCACGACGCAGUUCCUUAUCGAGCAAGCACAGGUUGAGGGCGACAGCAAUGGCUGCGUAGCCUCGCACAGCUCGACUGAAGCUAUACUCGAAAGGCUCCAUUCCAAUAGUACGCCUGCGCGACAGACAACGUUCACGGAAAGGUCGGUCGCAUGUGUUUGCGCAACGUACACCACUGUCCCCCUGCUAACACACUGUAGUUCGCGCAUUCCUCUGGAUGCCCUGACGUCCCCGCUUUCCAUUUACCACGUGCGCAUGUACCCCGUUUGGCCCAUUGUCAACGUCGAAGACAUGGUGUCCGUACUUCAACUGGAUGCUGAUCAGAGUGACAACGAGACUUAUGCGUUAUCGACUGCAGUAGCAGCAGCGACAAUAGCCCAACUACCACUGGAGCAAGGUCCCGGUGCCAGGGAGACGAUCACAGCCGAGAUAUUGGCAGCGGAAUGCUUGCGCGCUCGAAACCUAUGCGAUUACCGGUCCCAGGCGAACUUGAACAGUAUCCGGACGUCCUUUUUUCUGCAUGUGUACUAUGAAAACCAAAAGCCCGGAGGGAGUGAAUCUCUUCUACACUUAAGAGAAGCGAUCUCCAUAGCUCAAAUAAUGGGUCUCCACCGAGAAUCCUCUUAUAAUGGGCUGUCAUUCGAGGAGCAACAAUUGCGUCGGCGUGUCCUUUGGCUACUAUUUGUCACAGAACGAGGGGUUUGUAUCCUCCACAGGUACCCCGUCACAUUAAAAACAAACAUCUCAGCCCCGGUGAUUGACGAAAACGACGAAACACAUGUCCUCCCCGCCUUCCUCAAGCUCCUCAGCCUCUUUCAGAUCUUCGAGAAAUCGGGAAUGUUUGAUAUAAUUCAGGAUGAAGAGACAGCCAUGCAGCCAGGUGCAAAUAAUGUGGGGCGUGUCGAUUGGCCCUUCUUGGAGAGUCUUCAGCGUAAUCUGCAGGACGGAUCGACGCUUUUUGACCAUAUCUCCGAUGUACAGAAGGCAGACCUGUGCGUCACUCGACACUGGAUGCGAAUGAUCCUAUGGAAACUGUCCCCAAAAAGCUAUCUGGGGUCUUCCCCGUCCGCCGACUGGUCCAUGUCCCUUUAUUUCCCACUCAACGUCGCUAAGGAGCUAGUGAGCAUCGUCUCGCAACUACCUCGGUCGGCCGUCGAGGCGCAUGGUUUGGGUAUGGAGCUCAAGAUUUAUGAGGUUGCCAACUCUCUUGCUGAUGCGAUUACGGAUCUCGCUGCCCUGCCACUUUCCCCUGAAUGGGAGGACUCACUUGUUUAUCCGGCCGACGCGAACGAUUUGACCUACGCCUCGGUUUGUGAUAUGUCUUUUGGGAGUUCAGACGAUGGUGACCAGAACCAAGCCCAACAAUACUCAGAUGCAGAUACCCUCUUUCAACCUAUGUAUGACGAAGCGGCAUCCAAUUUCCUGUUUGAUCCCAGUAGUGUAGCCAUUGCAACGGAAGAAAUGCCACCUUUGUCACCCAUAUGGUCGUCGUUCGCGCCGAUGAACGCAAUCACCGAGGACAUAGCAUCCCAAAUCUUACGAGCCUCAACCCAGGAUCUUCUAUAUCCUGGUGCUGAAUUCCCGAAUUUUACCACGAACACCGAUUUUGCUGGUCUCUACUGA